GCACCACCCCGCCUGUUUGCUCUCUAGUUACAGUAACGUUAUGGCGGCUGGGACCUGCGGAGGAGGACAACUUCUUCUAGAUUCCUUCCAGAAAACUGUAGGAAGGCGACGGCUUUAAAUCCAACCCGUCUCGGCAACCACGGCCCUGGACUGAGACACACGUGUGGCUUUUACGGAGUUUUUUUUCCCUGGGAGAUAAUCGGGCUGGUGUGAUGCGUGAGGACCCGCAGUCAAGAAACUCCCCUGAUUUUUCCGCGUCUGUUUCUGCCCUGACUGUCAGUUAGCUGGCUAGCUGCUCGGGAGCUCACCACCUUCAUGCUAACGUUUGUUUGCAGGGCUCCGUAGUAGCCAAAAGGCGGGCUAGCUUGCUGGUUUUAUUUGCUCCAGGAGACAGGGAUGGCAUUUCGCCUCCAUCCGGUAAGCGAACUGGUUGAGAGGGGUGGGGAGAAACCAUUUAAGACCCGGUUGAUAAGUUUGUCAGCACUCAUUAGCCUAGCCUAGCCUAGCCUAGCCUAGCUUGCUGGUACAACGCCAGAAACCGUUGGCCGAGAGUUUAGCGCUUUGCCUGUUCAGUAGCGAGCUAGCCAAUUAGCAUUUUAGUUGCACAAGAAGACCUGCUAAUCCCCCGUUCAUCCCGUCUGAGUGUUUUGAAACCUCUGUACCAACUAAUUCAGACGAAGAGAGGAGACGGAACUGCUUUAGUUUUCCUAAUUGACCGUUAAUGUAUAAUAUCUCAGGGGUGUUUGGUCUUGCUAGGUGUCAUUAGCGACCUUAUAGGUGUUCUGUGGAGAGAGUGGUAGCGUAAGGUAGCUAGCUUAGGUUCCCUGUAUCAGGGAAACAAUGUCACACAGAUUAUGGCUGUAAAUGACGGAUAGAGUACAGAUGACACACGCCAAAUGUGUGUAAGCCGACUGGCUUGUUGCACUAACUCAUUCAAUCAGUAGUCACAAUUACUGGUGUGAGCUGUCGCUAUCUUGGGGGUCUAAACAUCAAGUUUGUGGUGGCUGACUGGCUGCCCUCGUCUGCCUCAGUGCUGGAAUAGUUUGAUGGACGUGGGAGGCUGUUUUCCAAGCUGUCAGUGCUAUACUCAGUCAUGUAUGUCUUGACACAUAGCACCCUGGUCUGUACAUAGUGCCUGCUGUCAGAUAGAAGUAUCGUUAUGUAGCUUUGGUGGACAGUCAGUAAGGGGAAUGUCUUGUCUGUUUUAUACCUGUUGGUUUGUUUUUUUAUUUUCAUUUGUUUCAAACACAGGAGAGUCUUGUUGAAUCGAAGUGGGAGAGCGGUGCAGCCUGGGCUGUGCACAGUGGACAAUGUUUAUUAGUUAGUGCCUAGGAACUUAAGAGUACUACCAUUUCUGCCUACAUAUAGGCCACAGAUAUUGUAGAUUAUUCAUUGGGUAUUGCAACAGAAGACUGCCACUCUGGAUCAAGAAAACCUUUCCCUCGUGUCUGGUUGGAGUAAUACUCUUAAGCCAAAAUCAAUGCCUUCUUCGCUGGCUGUGUUCGCCUGCCGACCCAACUCGCACCCUUUCCAGGAGCGGCAUGUGUACCUGGAUGAGCCAGUCAAGAUCGGCAGGUCGGUGGCUCGGUGCCGGCCGGCCCAGAACAACGCCACCUUUGAUUGCAAGGUGCUGUCCAGGAAUCAUGCCCUGGUUUGGUUCGACCACAAGACCGGAAAGUUCUACCUGCAGGACACUAAAAGCAGCAACGGGACGUUCAUCAACAGCCAGAGGUUGAGUCGCGGCUCGGAGGAGAGUCCGCCCUGCGAAGUUCUCUCCGGCGAUAUCAUUCAGUUUGGCGUUGACGUCACUGAGAACACACGCAAAGUCACCCAUGGCUGCAUCGUGUCAACAAUCAAACUCUUCCUACCGGAUGGGAUGGAGGCACGCCGACGAAGCGAUGUCAUCCAGGCUCCGUUACCACUACCUGUAGACAAGGUUGCAGCCAACACUCCCAGUAUGUAUUCUCAGGAACUGUUCCAGCUCUCCCAGUAUCUACAGGAGGCCUUGCACAGAGAGCAGAUGUUGGAGCAGAAGCUCGCCACUCUGCAGCGACUCUUAGCCAACACUCAGGAGGCCUCAGAGAGCAGCUGGCAGGCUCUGAUUGAUGAAGACCGUCUGCUCUCCAGACUGGAGGUGAUGGGCAGUCAGCUACAGGCUUACUCUAAGUCCCAGACGGAGGAAGGGAUCCGUAAGGAGCUUUUGGCUCUUCAGGAGGACAAACACAACUACGAGACGACGGCCAAGGAGUCUCUGAGGAGAGUCCUGCAGGAGAAGAUCGAAGUGGUCCGAAAGCUGUCAGAGGUGGAGCGCUCCCUCAGUAACACGGAGGAUGAGUGCACCCACCUGAAGGAGAUGUCCGAGAGGGGCCAGGAGGAACUGAGGGAGCUCGCCAACAAGUACAACGCCGCCGUCAACGAGAUCAAAGAGCUCACUGACAAAAUUAAGGCGGCUGAGGGCCGGCAGGAGGAGUUGACCCAGCGCGGAGCGACGGAGAAGAGAGAGUUGGAGCUGCGGAUUGAGGAGAUGGAGGAGAAGGAGCAGGUUCUCCAGGCUCGCAUCGAAGCUUUGCAGGCCGACAACGACUUCACUAACGAGAGGCUCGCCGCCCUGCAGGUUCGGUUAGAACAGCUACAAGAGAAAAGCAUUAAAGAAAACAACAGCCUGGAUGUCGACAUUGUCUCCCACGGACCGGUAGAGGAGCCUGUCGAGGACAAACGGAGCGUGCAGACACCUGAGAGCCAGGAGGAAGACGAGGAUGAGGAGGAUACAGACACCGAUGAUGGUGCAUUUGGUGAAGAUGUUGAUGACAACUGUCAUGUUAACAGCGGAGGAGACUCGACUAGAAUCCAACAGUUGAUUGAGUGUCCGCCGGUCAAACAGCUGAAGGAGACUGUAAGUUCUUCAAUCCACAAACUGGCCAACUUUGAUGAAGUGAUGGAUGCCCACCUACAGAACAACCAGACCGCAGAAGACGACAUCCUGGCCAGCCCUGAUCGACUCAAAGAGAAUCAGAUGGAUGCCAAAGAGUCCGACAUGUCAGACACUCUGAGUCCCAGCAAAGACCGCAGCAGUGACGACACAUCAGACGGCAACAUGGACGACCAGGAGCUGAAUGAACCACAGAACAGAGUAGCUCUGCUCAAAGCGGAGUUGCAUCGGGCCGGUCUAGAGCCUGAAGACACGGAGCAGGUCAUCCACCACCUCCACAGAGAGCUUCUAGACGCCCAGGACUUAGCCAACACUGGCAAGCAGAGAUGUCUGGAGCUACAAGCUCUGCUGGAGGAGGAGAGGAGGAGUAACUCUCGGCAGACUGAAGAGUCGACCAAACAGAUCCAGUUCCUGCAGACUCAGCUCGGAAAGCUUCAGUCUGACAUGGAGGCGCUGAGGGAGCAGAGGGAGAGCACCAUCUGCACCACCAGAGAGGAGCUCUACUGUGCCCAGGAGGAGAUUCUCGUCCUCCGGCACGCCAUGGAGGCAGCCACGGCUGAGCGGGAGCGUGAGAUCGCCGCCCUGCAGGCCGACCUGGGCAGCGUGCGAUCUGACCUGGAGCACUGGAGGGACACGGCGGCCAAGUACGAGGAGGAGAUCAGCCGGCUGCAGGAAGCCUUCACACAGCAGCAACACCAGCAGAGCUCCACCAACCAGCUGCAGGCGGAGUGUGUUACGUUGCAGCAGCGGUGUGUGUGUUUGCAGCAGGACUGUGAUGGCCUGAGAGGUGAACGGAAAGCUCUUACGGACAAACUGCACCGCCUGGAGACUGAGCUGAGCAGCACCAGGGAGCAGAGUCUGGUCCUCAGCAGCAGUCUGGAGUCUCUGGAGAAGAGGGAGGAGGUUCUGCAGGACAAACUGGGUUCUCUGGAGAAUCAACACCUGCAGGAUGCAAGCAAGCUGAAGAGCCAGCUGGACCAGUCCCAGGCCCACACACACACACUGCAGAGAGAGUAUGAGGAGACACAGUCCCAGCUAUUGGACCUCCGUCAGCACUAUGAGAGAACCGAGAAGGAGAAGCUGAAAAUCCACAAGGAGCUGGAGCAGUGCAGGAGCAGCCUGAAGCUGCUGCAAGACAAGACCAGCUCCCCAUCCAUACUGCAGCCUGUCCAAGCCAUAUUCAUUGGCCUUGUCCUGGCUCUGCUGUACUGGUGUUUCGGCCAGUUGUGGUAGAAAGAGCGGCUGGAGCCCCUGGAUGCCGGUCAUCGCCGUGAUGGUCGCCGUGACGGCAGCCGUCCUCUACCCCAGCCUCUCCAAAAGCAGCUCCACCUAGGACACACACACACACACACACACACACACACACACACACACACACACACACACACACACAGAGCGCUGUGAGGAGAGCAUCACUGCUUUACUUGUAUAAAGUCUAAUUGUACAUAAUUGUAGAGGGAAUAUAAAGGUUGUGGUUUCUACGGAGGAUUCAGAAGCUUCUUGGUUCUUUAUUUUGUUUUCGUGUUGUUGGUUUUUUCAGCGGCGAGGAGUUUAGUUGUAUUUUUAUUCUCGGCUCUCUCUCGGGCUGUGGUGGGGGCUUUUUUUUUUUUUUUUUUUUUUUUUUUUUUGGGAGGGUUUUCGUCUCUCUGCUGAUUUCUGGGUUAACAAAGUGCUCUCCAGCAGGCCGAGCUACCACACACAAACACCUGCCACAGGUGGCGUUUUCAACCGUCCCACCGUAAAGACCGCUUUACACUUCUGCGUCGAAACGACGGCGUACCCCUGCAGACCCCUCUGCGUCUACCUCUCAGCCGUGGCUUGGUAGCGUUGCAUUUCCCCCCCG